GAGCGGUGGCACCAUAGAGUCUGGGCGGAGUGGGUUGGUUAGAGCGGCCGGGCCUUAGAGUGCGGGAGGGCAGGAGUGGCGUGAUGGCGGCGGCGCUGAGGCAGUUGCGCCGCCUGUGCCUCCGCAGGGCCGCCCCGAUGUCGCCGGCGGCCCCGGCCCGAAGCGGCUCCGGGCGGGACGUGCUGGAGAUGCCGCUGCCGCCCUGGCGGGCGCGGCCCCACGAGCCGCUGGACACGAAGCGCGCCCGGCUGCUGUACGAGAGCCGCAAGCGCGGCAUGCUGGAGAACUGCCUGCUGCUCAGCCUCUUUGCAAAGGAGAAUCUGCACCGCAUGACUGAGCAACAGCUGAACCUCUAUGACCGUCUAAUCAACGAGCCCAGCAAUGACUGGGAUAUCUACUACUGGGCGACAGAAGCAAAGCCUACCCCAGAGGUGUUUCAGAAUGAAGUGAUGGCGAUGCUGAAAGAAUUCACCAAGAACAAGAACAGAGAGCAGAGGCUGCGACAGCCAGACCUGGAGUACCUCUUCGAGCCACCCAAGUGAAGGCGCCCUGUUGUCUCCAGGACCAUCUUUUCAGCCAUGGGAGUAGAAGCUGAGGCUCUGGACUUCUUUGGAAAUCUGCACUGCUGAUCUCCCUCAACAUGAAAUCCUCCACUCAGUGGUUGCGCCCCACUGAAUAAAGAGUCAAACACUUUUCUUGA